AGCGAAAGUGAAAGGGGAAGGCGGGUCUGGCCACGCCGGGUAUGUCCGGCAGCGGGCGGCGGGGCCGAGCCCCGGACCCCCCCCGGGAGCCCUGAGCCCCCCGGCCCUGCCCCAGUGCCGCCACCGUCCCAUGGCGCGGCCGCUUCUGCCGCUGCUCUGCGCUACCGUCGUCCUCCUGCUGCCCUGGACCGCCGCCGACACCGUGCCACCGCAAUGCGGCCGCCCCAAAGAUGUGGCCAACGCUCACAUUGACGUGGGCAACAAUGUGCUGCUUAACACCCGCCUGCGCUACACCUGCAACCCCGGCUACAAGCGCAAAGCUGGUACCUCCAGCCUCAUCCAGUGCAUCCUCCGUGAUGGUUCCAGCGAGCCUGACUGGACCCACACCACCCUCCAGUGCAUCCGGGACCCGGCUCUACCUCUGCAAACCCCCAGCCCUGAGCUGCCAGCGGCACCAGACACCAAGACAACAACCCAGAAGGCAGGAACCACUGACGCCAGCCCGACCUCCAGCCCCCGCCUGUCACCGCUGCCACCAGCAACUCAUGGGCCAUCACCGGAGACAUCGACGCUGUUGGAGAUGCCUCCAUCACUGGAGACAUCCACACCAGGAGAGGGGACAACCCCAGGGACAUCCCUGGGGACAACCCCGCUGUUCACCGCCCCCCCGGACCACGCUGCAGGUCAGGCUGCCUCUCCGGGGGAGAAAACCCACCCACGGGGCUGGUUUCAACCUGCAAAGGCUCUUUUAGUUUUUCAAUACAUUUUUCCCUUUUCAACCCCAUUUUUAAUGAGGGUCCCCCCAGCAUCCACCCCCUUUCCUGGCUUUGCAGCUAAAAAAUCUCCAUUUCUCUCUUCUUUUCCAGUUUCCAUCCAGACCUUGGCCUCUUCCAUUGGUAAGCUGGGCAAAAACACCCCUUAUUUUGGCAAGAAGUGGGUUAUUUUCUUUAUUAUUUUUAGCUUAAAAGCCUUCCUUGGGGCUGUAGUCAAGUGUGAUGCUUCCAAACUGGGAAGGAUGCAGCACCCAAAUUUCUUCCCAGGGUGGGGAGGGCACCUUGCGAACGUUCACAGAUGGUGUUUGGUUCUUCAUGGAGCUGUUUUGUUUGAGCUGGGAAGAUGCUCAUCGGCCGCCGUUUCUCUCCCGCAGGGCUCCCAUUGCUGGUGGUUGUCGGAGUCGUGUCUUGUUGCUGCUGGAGGAUGAAAAUGUAAGUGUGCUGAGCCCUGUGAUGUCUUCUCACUCGUGUGAUGAGUUUGCCUUCGGUCUCUGCGCUUUCCUGAAAGCUGCGGAAAGGCCUCGGGAUGCCGGUGACGCUGCUCUCCCCGUUGCAGGCGUGCGCGGCGGGACUAUGCGGUGGCAGCGACUGCCGUCCCCAUGAUGGCUCUUGCUGCUGAGAAUGAGGAGAUGCCACCGCCCAACGUCUUCCCCACGGGCUGAGCACCCACCGCCGGGCAACUCGGUGCACCCGCCAACCUGGAGGACGCUCAGGGCUUGGAUGGAAAGACCAAUGCUGGCCCGAGAGGUGACAGCGCGGCAGAGUGUGUCAUGGUCCCCAGCCGCACGGAGCAUCCUCGCCCCAGGGACAUGCAGCCGCUCUUCCCAGUCUGAACCAGUGACUGUCAUGGAUGAGACCGCUCCAGCACCCAAAGGUGUGUGGGUGUCACCCACAGGGGCCAUUCACCGUCCCAACACGGUCAGCCCUCGUACGCAGCUCAGGGAUCCUGUGGAGACACUUUCAGCACCGAUCCGAUGCCCAACGGCUCCGGCCGCUCGCAGGCGACCACAACCAGGAGCUAUUUUGCUACAGACACUACCAAAGACUGAACGCAAUAACAUGACUGUAGGAAAUACUUUCGUCCAUCAUCAGUUGUUAUCCACUCAUUUCCCCCUUGCUAGAGAACAGGCAGCUUUGUGUUGAUGCUGGUUUAUGUAUAAAUGUGUAUAUAUUGUAUAUAAAACAACACACACACUGCA